AUGACGCUUCGGCCUCCAAAAUCUUCAUACAACCAAGCCAGUGAAAAGGUAUGGUUCUCCUACGUACCAAACGCUACUAAAUUUCAACAUGGACUCCUAGGCAUCAACGACUCAUAUGUAGCCGGCAACUUGCACCUCCAAUUCCCCGAAAACGAACCCUUGAAAGCCAAACGAAUCGAAGUAUCUAUCACGGGCACCGAAUACGUCCAUUGGACCGAACAAGUCGUCGAAAACGCAUACAAUUCUUCUACCAAAUCGUAUGAAGUUCGAACACGUACAAUCCAUUACAUCCAUGAACAUCAAAUUCUGAAUCGAUCGUUAUUGUUGUGGCAAAAUAAAGAGUUCUAUCAAAAGAUUACAAACAUGAAAUUUCCAUUUAAGCUUCCAUUACCUAACAAUUUGCCACCAUCGAUGAAUUUAAGUGACGGGAUCGGUCAGAUUAAUUAUGAAGUGAACGCUAAAAUUAAGAGGAAGCGGAAUUUUUGGAAGUUUAAAGGUUCAAAGAAAUCGGUUAAAUGUAUGUGUUCGAUCACCCGAUAUCGUUCAAUGCCAGUACCGGCGUCUACUCGGUGGACCGAAUGGGAUGAUCCGAAAGCUAUAAAGCGUGGUUUAGGUUAUGAUAUCACGGUGGAUUAUAACACUUUUGGACCUGGGAAUCCUAUUAUCAUAAAUUUUGCCUUCAAAUUCUUUAAAGUUCUAAAAUUAAAAGAAGUAUUUGCUGGAUUAAAAGAGUAUCACAUAUUUAAGGCUUCGGGGAAUACGAAAUUUAUCAAAGGUUAUGUGCUGGAAAGAAAGAUAUCGGAUGAUCAGAUAUCAAUUAAUUUGAACGCUCGUAAUGAAUGGUGGUAUAAUUUGAAGAUUGAGGUGCCGGAGAAUAAAGUUGGUUGGACUACUGAUAGACAUAAUAUUAAAGUGUAUCAUAAAAUUAAAGUCAAGGUCAGGUUUGGAUAUUUGGGACCGAAAAAUAUUAAUUUAGAAAAAUUGGUCAAUAUAGAGAAUAUUAUCAAAGAAUAG